AUGAACACCAUUGACAAUAAGCCUAUUAAGCUCCAAAUUUGGGACACGGCUGGUCAGGAGUCCUUUAGAUCCAUCACAAGGUCCUACUACAGAGGCGCAGCUGGUGCUUUGCUUGUCUAUGAUAUCACCAGGAGGGAAACUUUCAAUCACUUGGCCAGCUGGCUGGAAGAUGCGAGACAGCAUGCAAAUGCAAACAUGUCAAUAAUGCUAAUUGGUAAUAAGUGUGAUCUUGCUCAUAGAAGGGCUGUUAGCACAGAGGAGGGUGAGCAAUUUGCCAAGGAGCAUGGGUUAAUCUUCAUGGAGGCGUCUGCUAAAACUGCUCAGAAUGUUGAGGAGGCAUUUAUCAAGACUGCUGCUACCAUAUAUAAGAAGAUUCAAGACGGAGUGUUUGAUGUGUCAAAUGAGUCUUACGGGAUAAAGGUUGGAUAUGGUGGAAUCCCUGGACCAUCAGGGGGCAGAGAUGGCUCCUCCUCUCAAGCUGGAGGGUGUUGCGGUUGAAUUGUGACAUCUCAUCUUCUGCGAUGAAGACAAAUCUGUCUAGUUGUGUUGUUUACAUUCUUUAUUAUCUUUUUUCUUUUCUUGGUCUGAAUAUUACGACUUGCUUUCUAAUGCUUUAAAGAAACGAAAAAAAAAAAAUGUACAAUUCUUCUUGAUGUCUUUUCUAUUUGAUUGUAAAUCUAACACUUGUUUGAUUCAUAAGUAGAUCUGUUUGGAUUGGAUGGAAUUGCAUCUUGUGAUUUGUGACUA